AUUAAUGAACUAAACAUAGUAUAACUCUUGUCAGUGUUAUUUAUGCAGCUCAAUAGCUUUUGUUAAUGCUUAUUUAUUUACCAUCUCUUCUGCAGAUUGCUUUUACAUCUGUGGUUUAUCCAUCUUUAAUUCUUGCAUAUAUGGGGCAAGCUGCUUAUCUAUCUAAACAUCAUGACAUUGAGCAAGAUUAUCACUUUGGGUUUUACGUAUCUGUACCAGAGAAAUUGAGAUGGCCUGUUCUGGUUAUAGCCAUACUAGCUGCAGUUGUUGGUAGUCAAGCCAUUAUCACUGGAACAUUCUCAAUCAUCAAGCAGUGCUCUGCAUUAAGUUGUUUCCCGAGAGUGAAAGUGAUUCACACAUCAUCAAAAAUUCAUGGGCAAAUAUAUAUCCCUGAGGUCAAUUGGAUAUUGAUGAUAUUGUGCUUGGCAGUAACUGUUUGUUUCAGAGACACAAAGCGCCUGGGUAAUGCCUCAGGUUUGGCAGUAAUCACAGUGAUGCUGGUGACCACCUGUUUGAUGUCACUGGUUAUUGUUCUAUGCUGGCACCAAAAUGUCCUCCUUGCACUUGGGUUUGUUUUCGUAUUUGGCACCAUUGAGGCUCUCUUCUUCUCUGCUUCUCUUAUCAAGUUCCUGCAAGGAGCAUGGGUGCCUAUAGCGUUGGCUCUUGUAUUUCUGACUUUCAUGUAUGUCUGGCACUACGGCACACUAAAAAAGUAUGAAUAUGAUGUUCAAAACAAGGUUUCCAUCAACUGGCUUCUCGGCCUAGGUCCCAGCAUAGGCAUAGUCAGAGUGCGUGGGGUUGGCCUUAUACACACCGAGCUAGUUUCUGGAAUUCCAGUAAUCUUCUCCCACUUUGUAACCAACCUCCCAGCCUUCCAUGAAGUCCUAGUUUUCCUCUGCAUCAAACACGUGCCAGUUCCACAUGUUAGACCUGAUGAACGGUUUCUGGUUGGCCGCGUUGGUCCAAAAGAGUUCAGACUCUACCGGUGCAUAGUGCGAUAUGGAUACCGUGAUGUCCACAAAGAUGAUGUUGAGUUUGAGAAUGAUCUUUUGUGCAGCAUAGCAGAGUUCAUUCGCACAGAAAAAACCGGAUUGAACUCUUCAAAUGAUGAGCCUGGAAAGGAUGACAGAAUGGCAGUUGUUGGAACUUGUUCUACUCAUUCCCUUUUGAUGAGUGAGGACAAUGUAGAGAAUGUUGAGAAUGUAGAGAAUGCAGGGCCAUCAGAACUGAAGGAGAUAAAGUCACCAAAUGUUAUAAAGCAGCAGAAGAAAAGGGUAAGGUUUUUGGUACCUGAGAGUCCAAAGAUUAACACAGAUGCAAAGAAAGAGUUGGAGGAGGUUAUGGAAGCAAGGGAAGGUGGGGUAGCUUACAUUAUAGGACAGACACACUUGAGAGCAAAACCAGGGUCUAGCAUGGUGAAAAAAAUAGCCAUUAAUAUAGUGUAUGAAUUCCUAAGAAGAAAUAGCAGGUCACCCUCCUUUGUCACUGGUGUGCCUCAUGCAUCAUCUCUUGAAGUUGGGAUGAUGUAUCAAGUUUAAAUUUUGGUUUCACAUAGGAUAGAGCUAUUUCAUGUACAUAUACUGCAUCUUAUAGAUAGUCAUAAGCUACAA